AUGAAGCUCCUCGUGCCCAAGCCCGAGUCGACCAACAACUCGCUCGUGCUCGACAUCAAAGCCAUUGAGGGCUUCCCCGUGACAAUCCACCCCUACAAUGUCAAGGAGCCCAUCCCGGAGGACCUCGUCGACGCCGAGUUCCUAGUGGUGUGGACCAACUCGGCCGCCAACCUGCAGGACGCGGCCAAGCGCCUCAAGAACCUGAAAUGGAUCCAGUCGUGCGCCGCCGGCCCCAACGACGUCUUCGCCGCCGGCUUUGACCCGUCCAUCACCCUGUGCACCGGCUCCGGCCUGCACGACCACACCGUCGCCGAGCACACCCUGGGCCUGCUGCUCAACGCCGCCCGCCGGUUCUACGAGAUGCGCGACUACCAGACAAAGAGCCAGUGGCCCCAGCACCUCGGCGGGCCCCAGCCAGACCGGCCAAAGGACAGGUUCACCUCCCUGCGCGACGCCAACGUCACCAUCUGGGGCUUCGGCAACAUCGCCAAGAAGCUGGCCCCCUGGCUCGUCUCCCUCGGCGCCAACGUCAAGGGCGUCGCCCGCAGCGCCGGCAUCCGCGACGCCUUCGAGGUCGUCAGCGAGGACCACAUCGCCGACACCUUCAAGAACACAGACGCCCUGGUCAUGAUCCUCCCCGGCGACGACACCACCAAGAACGCCCUCAGCAAGGAGAGGUUAGCCCUGCUGCCCGAGCACGCCUGGGUCGUCAACGUCGGCCGCGGCACCUGCAUCGACGAGGACGCCCUCUACGACGCCCUGGUGAACAAGCAGAUCGGCGGCGCCGCCCUCGACGUCUUCGCGACCGAGCCGCUGCCCAAGGAGUCCAGGCUGUGGCAGGUCGAGAACGUCGUCGUCAGCCCGCAUGCCGCCGGCGGCCGGCCCCAGGGUGCCGAGGCGCUCAUCGUGGAGAACCUGAGAAAGUUCCUGGCUGGCCAAAAGCUGAGAAACGAGAUCGCGAUCCCGGGAAAAGCGUAA